AUGAAGUUCAAUGGAAUCGAGGCGCAAGACUCCAGCAAAUAUAGUCAGAUUGCGUCGGGUAUUGACGCUGACUGCUCAUGGAUCACCUGCACCACCAGCACCCUUAUUCAGUACUACGUCGCCAGAUACAACGAUCCAGCUAUUCAUAUGGCCACCUACACUACAGCUGAGCCGUCCGUUGGCGAGCUUCGGUUCAUUGCCCGUCUCAACAUUGUAGGCGGGACUGCUAUUGAAGGAAGCGACGUGUACUUGGUCGGCUCCGAAACAAGGUCGAAGUUCUACUCGUCCAGACAGUUUAUCGAUGACCAAAUUCACGGAGUUUCUGGAUCAAGCAUCGCUGCUUGGAUGAUUAUCCCCGGUACCGGAUAUGAAAGCAGCUCCGGCGGGCCUUUCAUGCGCGACAUCGAUAACCAAGGAACCUCGCAGCAAGAGCUUUAUUUCUACAUGAACUCCGGACACACACAAACAGAAUCGUAUCGCAUGGGUCUGCAUGGUCCUUAUGCUUUAUGGUUUACGACUGGAUCCACUCCUUCGUCUGACAUCGAUACCUCAUUCUGGGAUGGCCUUGAUGUGACGGGGUGGACCUCCGAAGAUGACAGAGGCAGGGUCAAAGGAAGCGCGACCGGAUAUCCUUCGGCCUACGCCGACUAUAUGUCGGUCGGUUUCAGUAACAGCGACGCUCAGUACUGGGUGCGAACGGACUCGUCCGGUGAUUUCGUCAGUCCCUAUAUGAAAGCGGGUACCUACACAAUGACGCUAUACAAAAUGGAAUUAGAAGUUGCCACUCAGAGUGUCACCGUUACUGCUGGAAGCGUUGGAACGUCCAAUAUCGCGUCGACUGAGGCUACACCAUCCGUGAUUUGGCAGAUUGGUGAGAUUGAUGGCACGCCAAGAGGAUUCCUAAAUGCCGAUCCAAGUGACAGCCGAAUGGCUGACUGGGGGCCGGUAACCUUCACCAUCGAUGAUGAUGUGGAUACGUUCCCCAUGGCUAUCUUCAAAGACAUCGGAGCGGUAACGGUGAAAUUCACGCUGUCGAGUUCGCAGGGUGGCGCCCGAACCCUUGACGUCGCAACCACGCUCGCCUUCGCAGGUGGUCGCCCUGUAGUCACCGUCAACAGUUGGACGAGCUCUACGCCGUCUGUUCCAGAUCAACCAGAUUCAAGAGGUGUAACCCGUGGUACAUGGCGUGGAAAUAACAUCAUGUAUACAUACUCAAUCCCUUCUGGUUAUCUGAACACCGGAUCGACUGUAAACACUCUCACUAUUACUGUUGCUUCUGGGUCUUCUGGGUCAGACUUUUUGUCUCCCAAUGUUGUCCUCGACGGCUUGAGACUGUACUAG